UAUGCGCGGCGCCCCGCCCCACGUGUGCGCCCGCGCCGCGCCGCGUCGCGCCCUGUGACGUCAGGGCGAGCGUCCCUUCUUCCGCCCCAGCCGGCCGGGGAAGGGGCGUCGGGGUGCGGGGCCGGGGGCUCCGUCCCGGCGCGGCGCGCUCUCGUUGCCGCCGCCGCCCGGGAUGCCGGGCGUCUCCGCGCGCGGCCUCUCUCUGGAGCAGAGGAAGCAGCUGGCUGUGAACCUCACCCGUGUGCUGGCGCGCUACCGCUGCAUCCUGGACGCCUACAUCAUCGGCGAAGCCACCAUCCUCUCGCUCCUGGACCACUUCCUAACUGAUCUGUGUGUCUACUUCUCCAUAACCAUUUCUUCAUAAAGCAGCCUGAUUGAUCUCUUUAAAACGAAUUCUUCACAGACGACCUGUGGGGCACACUCCCUGGCUCAUGGCAGGAAGCGCUGGACGGACUGAACCCGCCACAGCUGGCCACACAGCUGCUGGGGAUGCCCGGGGAAGGGGAAGUGGUCAGGUACAAGUCGGUGUGGCCACUCUCUCUGCUGGCCCUGAAGUCCACAGCCUGUGCCCUGGCCUUUACCCGGACACCUGGGUUUCAAACCCCCUCCGAGUUCCUGGAGAACCCCAGCCAGAGCUCCCGCCUGACAGCUCCAUUCCGGAAACACGUCAGGCCCAAGAAGCAGCACGAGAUCCGGAGGCUGGGAGAGUUGGUGAAGAAGCUGAGUGACCUCACAGGCUGCACCCAGGUUGUGGAUAUAGGUUCAGGCCAGGGCCAUCUCUCCCGAUUCAUGUCCCUGGGGCUGGGGCUGAUGGUGAAGAGCAUUGAAGGAGAUCAGAGACUGGUGGAAAGAGCCCAGCGCUUGGACCAGGAGCUCCUGCAGGCUCUGGAGAAAGAGGAGAAGAGGCACCCACAGGCGGUCCACGCGGGCCCUCGCCACUCGCCACACCACGUGGUCAGGUGGGUGGAGCCCACGGCCCUAUGCCAGGAGCUGCUGCUUCCGCUGGAGACCCUGCCCCAGAGCGGGGCCCGCUUGCUGCUCACUGGGCUCCACGCGUGCGGGGACCUGAGCGUCGCCCUGCUGAGGCACUUCUCCUGCCCCGAGGUGGUGGCGCUGGCCUCGGUGGGCUGUUGCUACAUGAAGCUGAGUGACCCCGGCGGCUACCCGCUGAGUCAGUGGGUGGCCGGGCUGCCAGGCUGCGAGCUGCCCUACCGGCUUCGGGAGGGAGCCUGCCACGCCCUGGAGGAGUACGCCGAGCGGCUGCAGAAAGCGGGCCCUGGCCUCCGCACCCACUGCUACCGCGCGGUGCUGGAGACCGUCAUCCGGGGGGCCCGGCCCGAGCUCCGGCGGCCCAGCGUGCAGGGGAUCCCCAGGGUCCACGAGCUCAAGAUCGAAGAAUAUGUGCAGCGGGGGCUCCAGCGGGUGGGGCUGGACCCCCAGCUGCCACUGAAUCUGGCUGCCCUUCAGGCCCACCAGGCCCAGGAGAACCGAGUGGUGGCCUUCUUCAGCCUGGCCCUGCUUCUCGCCCCCCUAGUGGAGACGCUGAUUCUGCUAGACCGGCUGCUGCACCUUCAGGAGCAGGGUUUCCAUGCUGAACUCCUGCCCAUCUUUAGUCCUGAGCUCUCUCCCAGAAACCUGGUUCUCGUGGCUACAAAGAGGCCCCUGGGUGAAGCCUUCUCUCUUCUGGAGACUGAACACAGCUGACAAACCCCGAGACCACCCGGGCACCGCACUCACCCAGAGAACCACCAGUCCCUAUCCCUGGAACCCUGAUUUUUCCCUCCAUGUGUUAAUGUGAUAUGAUGUAAAAUUUAUUUUUAAUUUAUUAAAUAAGUGAAAUCUC